AUAUGGUUGAUGAUAUGACAAAUCACGAUGAAAUUUUGUUCACGUUCCAUCGUUGUUAUAAACUUACGAUAAAAUGAAUAAUUAUACUAGUAGUAACAAGGAAAGAAAACAUAACAAAAUUUUCAAUAAUGAAUUGGAAUACAAUGAGAAGUUGCUGGAGUAACACUCCAACUUUAAAAGUCAUUGGCAUACUUCUUCUUGGUCAACUACUUUCUUUCUCAGUUGCUCUUAUGAGCAUCACUUCUUCUCUCAUUGCCCAAUUUGGUGUUGAUGCACCUUUAACUCAGAGCCUAUUUACAUAUGGAUCUUUAGCUUUGGUUUAUGGAAGCAUAUUGCUUUAUAGGCAUCAAAAACCUCUGGUUUCUUGGUAUUGGUAUUUAUUGUUAGGUUUUGCUGAUGCUCAGGGGUGUUAUUUGGUUAUAAAAGCAUAUCAAUAUAGUUCAAUUACUAGUGUAACAUUACUAGACUGUUGGGUAGUACCUUGGGUAAUUCUACUCACAUGGAUCUUCCUUGGCACAAGAUAUUCCCUAUGGCAAUUAGGUGGAGGAACACUCUGUGUACUUGGUCUCUCUUUAGUCUUACUUUCUGACACAUGGGAUGGUGGUGAUGGAGGUGGAUCAAAACCUCUCUUGGGUGAUGUACUUGUCAUUGUAGGGACAAUUUUCUAUGCAAUAAGCAAUGUUGGUGAGGAAUUUUGUGUUAAGAAUAAAGAUCGAAUUGAAGUAGUUACCAUGAUUGGUGUUUAUGGAUUCCUUGUUACUGCUAUUGAAGUAUCUGUUUUAGAAUUGAAGACUUUGGAAUCAAUCAAAUGGUCUGCAAAUAUUGUACUUGCUUUUGCUGGCUAUGGUGUGUCAAGCUUCAUAUUUUACUCACUUGCUCCUUUUGUUCUAAAGUUGAGCGGAUCAACAAUGUUUAAUCUAUCUUUACUUACAUCUGAUAUGUGGGCUGUGAUUUUCAGAGUUUUCUUUUAUCACCAAAAGGUGGAUUGGUUGUACUUCCUUUCAUUUUUGGUUGUGGGAAUUGGUCUAAUCAUUUAUUCAACAGCAGAGAAGAAAUCAGUUCCUGCAUCAGUUACUACAGAGGAUGAGAAUUUGAACAACUUAGAAUACCAAAUAAUUAAUGGUGAAAAUGAAAGCACAUAAUUUUGAUUAAAUAGAUUUUUUUGCUUCAUGAGGAAAAUCUCCUUUUGCAAUUGGAUGGAGAGUCUGUGUUGGGCACUUGGGCUAGUUUCUUUUGUGACUCUAAAAAUUAUACACUAUGUAAAAGCCAUUUAUAAUGUAUGAUUUGGCAAAAGAAGAAAAGUGGGUAAAAAAAAUAAAAGUUAAAAGUGUGACAGAUAAUUUUAGAAAUGUGGAGGUAUGUUUAUUUAAUGUGGGAGUAUAUCUAUCAAAACAUUUCUGUUUUGGUAAGGCUCAUAUGCACCAUCGAGGCCUUGUAUAUAGUAAUAUAGAGUCUAAUAAAAAAUAGGUUAUGACUUGGUAUUGGUCCUUACA